CAGUGGUUUACUGUUUACUCACUCACUGAAAUUUUGUUUUCUACCCUAAUUUCUUUCUGCUAGCCUAGCUUAACUAAGUUGUAGUUGUAAUUGUAUACUAACUUAUAAUAACUAUGAGCAGAGAGCAGUACGUGGUAGGUGUGGACGUUGGGACAGGAAGUGUACGAGCAGCUCUAGUUAGAUCUGAUGGAUCCUUUGUCAAAGUUGCUACACAGGCUACACAGACAUGGAAUCCUGCUCCUGGCUACUAUCAGCAGUCCUCCAUGGAUAUUUGGUACUGCUGCUGUAAAGUCAUCAAGGAAGUGUUAAAAGAUGUAGCUCCAGAGCAAGUGAAGGGGCUGGGGUUUGAUGCUACCUGUUCUCUUGUUGUUUUAGAUCAAACUGGAAAACCGCUUACAGUUAGUCCCACAGGUGAAGUUGAUCAAAACAUCAUACUCUGGAUGGACCACAGAGCCCACCAUGAAGCUAAACUGGUCAAUGACACCAAACACGAGGUGCUGAAGUAUGUAGGAGGUAAGAUAUCCUUGGAGAUGGAAAUACCCAAGUUGAUGUGGCUCAAGAAAUGCCUGCCCAAAACUUGGAAACAAGCUGGAAAAUUCUUUGACCUACCAGAUUUUCUGACUUGGAAAGCUACUGGAACAGAUUCAAGGUCUUUGUGCUCAGUUGUCUGCAAGUGGACGUAUGAAGUAGAUGUGGACACUGGUGUUGUCAAAGGUUGGAACAGACAUUUCUUUGGAUUACUCGGCCUCUCGGACUUGUUGGACAACGACUGUGCCAAAAUAGGCCAAGUAAUUCUGCCUCCUGGCUCACCCUGUGGCUCAGGAUUGAGUGCAGAGGCUGCUAAAGAACUUGGAUUGAUUGUUGGAACUCCUGUAGCCACUUCUAUCAUUGAUGCACAUGCAGGCGGUCUAGGUCUAAUUGGAUGUACAUUCACUGGCUUGCCUUGUGACUUCACCUCAAGACUUUGUCUGAUCUGUGGUACAUCAUCAUGUCACAUGGCAGUGAGUCAGUCACCUAUCAUGGUGCCAGGAGUGUGGGGACCUUACUUCAGUGCCAUGGUGCCAGCUCUCUGGCUCAGUGAAGGAGGGCAGAGUGCAACAGGCAAGUUGUUGGAUCACAUCAUCGACACUCAUCCAGCAACCGCAGGGAUAAGAGCAAUGAACGCUGGAAUCCACCUGGUGACUUACCUGAACAAACUACUUGAACAACUUGCAUCGUCUGAAGGGCUAGACAGUAUAGACCAGCUGACUCAAGAUCUACAUGUGUGGCCGGAUUUACACGGCAACAGAUCUCCACUGGCUGACCCUACACUUCGAGGCAUGGUGUCUGGUCUAACCCUCUCUUCAGAUAGCAAAGACCUGGCUCUUUUAUACUUGGCAACUGUACAAGCAUUAGCUUAUGGGACCCGUCACAUUCUAGACAGCCUGGAGACAGCUGGGCAUCACAAGAUGGAGUGUUUGCUGAUAUGCGGUGGACUCAGCAAGAACCCAGUGUUUGUGAAGACUCAAGCCUCUGUGAUCGGACGAGCGGUGUUGCUGCCUCAACGUACUGAGGCUGUGUUGGGCGGAGCUGCCAUGUUAGCAGCAUUUGCAGCGGGACUCUACCCCUUUGUGGAAGCAGCAGUGACUGCAAUGGCAGGGCCGGCGGAUCUCAUUGAACCUGAUGCACAUUCCAUAGAAUACCACAACAGAAAGUACACGAUCUUCUUGAAAAUGGUGGAGGAUCAGCAAGCCUACAGGAAUAUAAUGCACUCAAAAUAAAUUUGUAGAUGAAAAUCCCAAUGAAUUAAUUACAUUCCAGUUAAAUUUAGCCAAGGUAAAGAUUUUGUAUAGAUGACUUUGUGAAUUGACUAUUGAGUUAGUUGACUUGUUUGAUAAUAUAUUCUCACAAAAUGUAUUCAUUAUUCAUACUUUUAUAACUUAGGAAUAUAAAGGGUAUGAAAUAAAAU